AAUAGGUCGUCUCCUGAGCGAAAGUUACGUUCUCACGAGCUUCUUCUCAGAUUUCCGACCCACGCAUCGUCAAUCUUUACCUUUGUCCGGAUAUCGUUACCAGGGAGGAAUAUUUUUUCGAUACACUAGCUAUGAGCGGCAAUAUACAGGAUUAUUUUGAGGGUAAAAUUGACUUUGUUGGUCAACAGCGUGUCGACGAGAUUGCCCGGAUAUGGCUGUUUUCCUUCACUGCCCUGUCAUUCCUGCUAGGAUUUGCUCUCCAAUCACUGAAGAUAUCUUUUGUGCUUUUGGGCGCGUCAACAGUCGUGCUGUGUGCGAUUGUUCUCCCUGCAUGGCCAAUGUACAAUAAACAUCCCGUGAAGUGGUUGCCUGUGCUUAAACUUCCUGAAGGGAAGGCGAAGAGUAGAUGAACAACUAACUACCUGCCUCGAUCAUUUUGUUUGUUUCCCCACAAUUUUCGUCCAGGACUAUUUGUAUCAUGAACCUGAACCCAUAAAAGCAUAUCGCGAGCACCAUCGUUCAGUCAUGAAAAUGCAACACUCGCGACUUGUUCAAAAUUUUGCGGAAGUUUAGUCCCGAUUGUGCGUGCGUGGGGGUAGCACAUAUGGUACUCCAUCUGAUUCUGUGAGCUCAAGGUACCUAUUCUUAAAUCAUCGGGCAGUCUACAGACGUUAGAUACUCGAGCUUGUCUCGGAAAUUAUGUAGGGCUACAUUCUUG